AUGGAGAAAGACGAGUCUAUCGCCGUCACGACCGGCGCUAUGGUCGACGAGACCGCGCCGGAUGAGACGCUGAAGCAGCUGCGCAACCUGAAGGAGCAUCACCAUUGGGACCCCAAUUUGCCUGAGGAUGUGGUCGAAGAGCUCGAUGAAGCUUUGCACACCUCUGACCAGAAGACCCAGGACGUCAUCGCUCACGAGUUGCUGGACAACUCCCCUUACCCCGAAGUCCGAUCCGCCGUUUCUAAUGUCGAUGAAGGAGGAUCGGUCAACACCCUUCGCGCCUGGGUCAUUGGGUUGCUCUUCGCGACAAUCGGCUCAUCUCUCAACAUGUUGUUCUCCAUGCGCCAGCCCUACAUUGUUAUCCCCUCGUACAUCGCCCAGGUCGUCGCUUACCCAUUUGGAAAGGCUUGGGAGAGAUGGAUGCCCGCCAAGAGAUUCCGUAUUUUUGGUUAUGAGUUUGAGCUGAAUCCAGGUCCCUUCACCAAGAAGGAACAUGCCGUCGUGGUUAUCAUGGCAAAUGCCACCUUUGGAGGUGGUGCCGCCUAUGCUACCGAUGUGCUUCUGGCCCAGCGGGCAUUCUACCAUCAAAGCUUUGGCUGGGGAUUCGAGAUCCUCAUGUGUAUAUCAACCCAGAUGCUGGGUUUCGGUAUUGCGGGUUUCUUCACUCGCUUCAUGGUUCAGCCCGCUGCCAUGAUCUGGCCCUCGACGCUGAUCAACACGGCCCUCUUCACUGCCCUCCACGAUCGGUCGCUGCCAGAUCCAAAAACGGUCUCUGGCUGGACCAUUGGCAGGUACCGCAUGUUCCUGUAUGUCAUGAUUGGCGCCUUCUGUUGGUAUUGGAUUCCAGGAUUCAUCGCGCCAUUCCUGAGCAUCUUCGCCUGGGUUACGUGGAUCAAGCCGAACAACGUUAUCAUCAACCAGCUCUUUGGAGGCGCCACAGGCCUCUCGCUGAUUCCAAUGACUUUUGACUGGACUCAAAUUGCUGGUUUCAAUUUCAGUCCUUUGAUUGCUCCUUGGUAUGCAAUCUCCAACACUCUCAUCGGCAUGGUCAUCUUCUUCUGGAUUGUGGUUCCCGGCAUCCACUACUCCAACUUGUUCUACUCGCAAUUCCUGCCUAUGAGUGAUUCGAACAGUUACGACAACACCGGUGUCAAGUACGACGUCUCCAAGAUUCUCACUCCCGAAUUCACUUUCGAUGCCGCGAAAUACGCGGAGUACUCUCCUCUGUUUUUGUCGAGUACUUUCAUGAUCUCGUAUGGUCUUUCUUUCGCUAGUAUCAUCGCUGUGCUUGUCCAGACCGGUCUCUUCAACGGUGCCGAUAUCUGGGCCCGUUUCCGCCGGGUCGGUAGAGAAGAAGAGGAUGUCCACGGUCGGCUCAUGGCCAAGUACAAGAGCGUUCCCGUCUGGUGGUACGCGGUGGUCACUCUGAUCAUGAUCGGCAUUGGCUUUGGUGUCAUUCUGGGCUGGCCCACACACAUGACCUGGUGGUCAUUCAUCAUUGCGCUGCUGAUCGCAGUCGUGUGGUUCGUUCCCAUUGGAAUCGUCAAGGCGUCCACCAACAUUGAUAUUGGUCUCAAUGUCAUCACCGAGUUCAUUAUUGGAUACAUGCAACCUGGUCGCCCCAUGGCCAUGAUGCUGUUCAAGACCUUCGGAUACAUCACCAUGUACCAAGGCAUGUACUUCUCCCAGGAUUUGAAAAUCGGCCACUACAUGAAGGUUCCCCCUCGUGUGACCUUCACCGCGCAGAUGGUCGCUUGUCUCUGGUCAUCUCUCGUACAAAUCGCCACAAUGAACUGGGCUCUCGGAGCCAUCAAGGACGUGUGCGAUCAGUACCAGCCCAACCACUACAGUUGCCCGAACGGUCGUGUCUUCUUCAACGCCUCCGUCAUCUGGGGUGUCAUUGGUCCAGGACGUAUGUUCUCUCCCGGCCAGCUGUACUCCCCUCUCCUAUGGUUCUUCCUAGCUGGUGCCAUCCUCCCCGUUAUAAUCUGGUUCGCUGCGCGCACCUGGCCCAAGAGCUCAAUCAAGUAUCUCAGCGCCCCCAUCAUCUUCGGAGGAGCCGGUCUAAUCCCGCCUGCUACCCCCCUCAACUAUCUCUCCUGGUGCAUUGUCGGGUUCAUCUUCAACAAGUGGAUCCGGGAUCGCUUCCGCGGCUGGUGGAUGCAGUACAACUACAUCGUUUCAGCUGGUCUGGACGUCGGUCUCGCCCUUUGUACUAUCUUGAUCUUCUUGACUCUCAACUUGACCAGCACUGAUUUCCCAUCUUGGUGGGGCACGGAUAUUGCAUCCGGUACUAUGGACACCCUGGACACAGCCAUUCGGAACCCUGUCGCUGAGGGUGAAACCUUUGGCCCUGCCAAGUGGUAG